AUGAUGCUUACUGCGAAGCUCUUCCAGAGUGACUCUCUCGGUUUCAAUGAUUCCUCUGCGCCUCGCCGCUCGAUGCCCACACCGCGGUCUUCGCCGCACCUGUGUGAAUCCCUAAUGAAUUCGUCACAUCGAGAUCUCCCCCGGCCGGAUGGUGCCCAGCUGCCGCUUCCACCAACCACAGCCAUGUCAAACCGGCUGCCGCCCGUGACAACGUUUUAUGGAAAUGAACACUCCGUGCAGCAGUGGCUCCAGGCCAAGACGGAGGAGGAUCGUCGCGCACAGGAAGAGGAACGCACUCGCCAAGAGACAAUGAGGCUGGAGCAGCGCCGCAUCGAACAGUCUAUGCUGGCCGACUCGCUGCAUGCAGGCGUUCCGCCGCAAAUGAUCCCGUUGAUCUUCGCGGGUAUCGGUGGAGGCGCGAAUGCCCAGUCCACCAUGGAGAUUGUUCGCCAGUAUAUAGCGCAGACAUCGAAUACCCCCACUCCCCCUGCAGGCGCUCAGUUUUCUGCUCAGCUACAGUCGCACGAGGUUCCAACUACCAACCCGUCGCCCGUGCCAUCGCAACAGUACCCACCUCAGCGUCCUCCCGGGGAACCAAAGCGUCCCGGUUCCUCAACGCGCACUCUUCCCGCACCUCCAUAUGCAGCUCAGCAACCCCAACCUACAGCCCCGGUGGGUGAUCGCAGUCUCCCACAGCCGCCAACCAUGAGCAGUUCCUCGACGCAGCCAGCUCCCGGACGUCCGCUUGGGCCUCCGUACCCAGCUGAUGCUGCAGGAACCCGGUUGCCUCGGCCGGAUGUCAGUGCAAUUCCGCCGCAGAGCCAGACGACCAAGCUAAGCGCCACACAGUCUGGAUCAGCCACGUUCCAGGCUCCAGCAACCCCAGCCAAGCCGGAAAGCCGGCCGCGUCGCUCUUCUCCUGGAAUUUCCUUUCAUCACUGGGUCCCUCCAGCUAAAGGUCGUUCCUCCAAUAUAUCGCCAAAUAAGGCUCAACGUGAACAGACGCCGUCAUCAAGUACCCCCUCCUACCUCCAGUCCGACAACCAGAGCUCCCCAGGUCGGAAACGAAAGUCUCAGAGUAUGCAUAGCCAGGUUCUUCCACCGCCAGCUCGCAGGACGGACUCAGGCACGUUGGAUAUUAAAGCCGAUAGCGAAGUGCCCAACUCACAGGAACCACGAGCUGGUGACCAGAAUGUUUCCGAGCAGCCGAGCGAGUCGAAGGCUGAGGCAGAUGGCCCUACUCUCAAGAAGGAGCCAGACACAUUAACAGGCAGUGACUUCAACUCCGAAACUGGCAGUCAAACUCCGGAUCUGAAUACUAAAGACCAGCAACACCCAUUUGACACCGACAAUGGAUCUGCUGCUUCGCGGACCAAAGGCUCAAGCACUCGUUCUGGCCGCUUUAAGAACCAGUCCUCGUCCAAUGACAUUUCCUCCGCCGCCUCAGUCAACAAAAGUGUUGUCUGA